AUGUUUCACUUAAGGACUUGUGCUGUUAAAUUGCGGCCAUUGACGGCCUCACAGACUGUUAAGACAAUUUCCCAACACAAGCUGGCAGCACCACGGACGUUUCAACAAAUCAGGAGCUACAGUGCACCUGUUGCUGCUGAGCCAUUUUUGAGUGGGACUAGUUCGAACUAUGUGGAGGAAAUGUACUAUGCUUGGCUGGAAAAUCCUAAAAGUGUACAUAAGUCAUGGGACAUAUUCUUUCGCAAUGCCAAUGCUGGAGCUGCUCCAGGUACUGCUUACCAAAGCCCCCCUCCACUGAGCACCAGCCUGUCUGCACUGACGCAAGCACAGUCCCUGGUUCAAGCACAGCCGAAUGUAGAUAAACUAGUGGACGACCAUCUUGCAGUGCAAUCUCUUAUCAGGGCAUAUCAGAUUCGAGGGCAUCAUGUAGCACAGCUCGACCCACUGGGAAUCUUGGAUGCAGAUCUGGACUCGUGCGUUCCAGCUGAUAUUAUCACAUCCUCAGACAAACUGGAUCUUGCAGUGUUCAAGGAGCGGCUGAGAUUGCUAACAGUAGGAGGGUUUUAUGGACUUGAUGAAUCGGAUCUCGACAAGGUCUUCCACUUGCCCACGACCACUUUCAUUGGAGGCAAUGAGUCGGCUCUUCCACUCCGCGAGAUCAUCCGCCGCCUGGAGAUGGCUUACUGCCAGCACAUUGGCGUGGAGUUCAUGUUUAUUAAUGACCUGGAGCAAUGUCAGUGGAUACGGCGGAAAUUUGAGACUCCAGGAAUCAUGCAGUUUACCACUGACGAGAAACGCACCCUACUGGCAAGGCUGGUGCGCUCAACCAGGUUUGAGGAGUUCCUCCAUCGGAAAUGGUCCUCGGAGAAGCGUUUUGGCUUGGAAGGCUGUGAGGUGCUUAUCCCAGCCCUAAAGACGAUCAUUGACAAGUCAAGUGCGAAUGGAGUGGAUUAUGUUAUCAUGGGAAUGCCACACAGAGGGCGUCUGAAUGUUCUCGCCAAUGUGAUCAGGAAGGAGCUGGAGCAGAUCUUCUGUCAGUUUGAUUCUAAGCUGGAGGCUGCCGAUGAGGGCUCGGGAGAUGUGAAGUACCACUUGGGAAUGUACCACCGGAGGAUUAACCGUGUCACUGAGAGGAACAUCACCCUCUCCUUGGUGGCAAACCCCUCUCACUUGGAGGCUGCAGAUCCAGUGGUUAUGGGCAAGACGAAGGCAGAGCAGUUUUAUUGUGGGGACACUAAAGGAAAGAAGGUGAUGUCCAUUCUCUUGCACGGAGAUGCAGCUUUUGCCGGGCAGGGUAUAGUGUAUGAGACGUUCCAUUUGAGCGAUUUGCCAUCCUACACCACGCAUGGGACAGUUCACGUGGUUGUGAACAACCAGAUUGGAUUCACUACAGACCCUCGUAUGGCCCGUUCCUCUCCGUACCCAACCGACGUUGCCCGGGUGGUGAAUGCACCUAUUUUCCAUGUCAAUGCGGAUGACCCAGAGGCAGUGGUGUAUGUGUGCAAUGUAGCAGCAGAAUGGAGAAGCACUUUCCACAAAGACGUGGUGGUUGACUUGGUGUGUUACAGGCGGAAUGGUCAUAACGAGAUGGACGAACCCAUGUUCACCCAGCCAUUGAUGUAUAAUCAGAUCCGGAAGCAGAAACCUGUGCUGCAAAAAUACGCCGAGAUGUUAAUUUCAGAGGGGGUGGUAAAUCAGCCAGAGUAUGAGGAAGAAAUUUCCAAGUAUGAUAGGAUCUGUGAAGAGGCCCAUGCCAGAUCCAAGGAUGAAAAAAUCCUACACAUCAAGCACUGGCUGGAUUCCCCUUGGCCUGGUUUCUUCACUCUCGAGGGCCAGCCUCGGAGCAUGACCUGUCCCUCUACUGGUCUGAAUGAAGAAGACUUGGCCCAUAUAGGCAAGGUGGCCAGCUCAGUGCCUGUUGAGAAUUUCACAAUUCAUGGAGGUUUGAGCCGGAUUCUGAAAACCCGUGGGACGUUGGUUAAGAACAGGACAGUCGACUGGGCCUUGGCAGAGUAUAUGGCGUUUGGCUCCCUCCUCAAAGAGGGAAUCCACAUCCGACUGAGCGGCCAGGAUGUCGAGAGGGGGACAUUCAGCCAUCGUCACCAUGUACUGCAUGACCAGAACGUAGACAAGAGGACCUGUAUCCCCAUGAAUCACCUCUGGCCAAACCAGGCUCCUUAUACUGUCUGCAACAGCUCCCUGUCAGAGUACGGAGUCCUAGGUUUCGAGCUGGGCUUUGCUAUGGCCAGUCCCAAUGCCUUAGUCCUCUGGGAGGCCCAGUUCGGUGACUUCCACAACACUGCUCAGUGCAUCAUUGACCAGUUCAUCUGCCCUGGCCAGGCCAAGUGGGUGAGACAGAAUGGCAUCGUGCUGCUGCUGCCCCAUGGCAUGGAGGGCAUGGGUCCUGAGCACUCGUCAGCCAGACCAGAGCGAUUCUUGCAGAUGUGCAAUGACGAUCCAGAUGUCUUCCCCAAACUUGAUGACUUUGACGUUCGCCAGCUGUACGACUGCAACUGGAUUGUUGUAAACUGCUCCACUCCAGCGAACUUCUUCCACGUCCUGCGGAGGCAGAUACACCUCCCGUUCCGGAAACCGCUGAUCAUCUUCACUCCAAAGUCGCUGCUGCGCCACCCCGAAGCCCGCUCCAGCUUUGAUGAUAUGUUGCCAGGCACUAACUUCCUGCGCGUAAUCCCUGAGAGUGGCCCUGCAGCCCAGAACCCUGACAACGUCAAGAGGGUGCUCUUCUGCACCGGCAAAGUGUAUUACGAGCUCACCCGAGAGCGCAAGACCCGGGACAUGGAGCCAGACGUGGCCAUCACCAGGGUGGAGCAGCUGUCCCCGUUCCCCUUCGACCUCCUCCAGAGGGAAGCACUGAAGUACCCCAAUGCCGAGCUGGUCUGGUGCCAGGAGGAGCACAAGAACCAGGGCUACUACGACUAUGUGAAACCCCGGCUCCGCACGACCAUCGACCGCGCCAAGCCCGUGUGGUACGCCGGCCGCGACCCAGCUGCUGCACCAGCCACUGGCAACAAGAAGACCCACCUGACUGAGCUCCAGCGCUUGCUGGACACCGCCUUCAACCUGGACGCCUACAAGGCCUUCUCCUAGACCCCACGCAGCUGCUGCAGCAUGCUGUCUGUCUCUUGCUCACCUCCUGUCUCCGUACUUAACUACAGACCUUGUAAACUAAAUGCCCACGCCUGAAAUCCUUGUUCGUCACUCUGGCUUGUUGCCUUUCACUGAAAUACCUCUGCAGGGUGCUUGGGUUUUAACUCCCCCUUGCCCUGUCCUUGAGGGGCUGCAGUCUCUGUGCCCUCCUGAGUGGCCAACUCCAUCCCAACACUACCCCAAAAGCCCCAAGCGCCAGCCAGCUCAGGAGGUCCGGCAAUCAGCCUCUGCUAGCUUCUGUCCUUAGCCCACCCCCUCCCUGCGGGGUUGCCAUGCUGCCUUGUAUCUGGCUCAGGGGAGCAGCUGGGGUUGGCAGAGCCAGGAGGAGGGACAUUGCAAGCACACCUCUCCCUCGCAGAGAAAAGCUGCCAGCAGCAGGGGAUGCAGUUAGGUUCUCCAUAAGAAGGAGACAGUUCCUUUUUCCUUCUGCCUGUGGCGGUUCUUUCCCAAAGAUCAGAGCCUCUUUGGCUAACGUCCUCAAUCGCUACUGACCGGCUGGGUCGUAGCCUCGGGCCACUGGCACUGUAGCCCGCUCAGGUGGAUUAAGAUUCAGUGGAGCCCUAGGCACAAAGAACAUUUGGAUCCCUCACGCUUUUCCCCUGGCCUGGCCCGAAGCCAGAGCUGUUCCACGGUAAGAACUGCCCAGGGAGUCUUGUCUGCUGUGGGGAGCCCUGGACCCUCCCCCUGCCCUGGGCAGCACGCCCAGGGGGACAGGCCAGGAGUUGCUUUUGGGGCUGCUAGGGUAGGUGGAGGGGCUGGGGCUCCCCAAGAGUUGCCCAGGGAGCCUGGGCUGCUGUACCACAGCCUAUGCUGAGCAUACGUCCUGUUUUGGCCAGGACCGUCCCCUUUUUAAGCCCUGAACCAGACAUCCUGACAAAUGCCCAGUUUUGUCAAAAAGGGCCUCGGGGGAGAGGGGUGAGUGGCAAGGUUUUGGUGGGGACCUCGGCCAUGAUUUCGUGGGCCUGUGUGUUAAUCUGCCACGGAGCCUGUUCCCAGCUGUGUAACCCCAGAUCCCUGCCACCUUGCUAACAAACCCCAGAGCAUGGUACGUACAUCCCUCAUGCCCCUCCUGCAUGUCCACCCCGCAGCUGCUGUCAAAGGAACCCAGUGUUGGAUUUUCAAACUGGGCCUUGGCUGAAUCACGGGCACUGGCUGCCUGGCUGAGCCCGCCAGGGCUGGCUCUAGUGCGGGGACAGGGAAACACUAGAGAGGGAUGUUGGUGUGUGCUCUACUGUGCUCCGCUGAAGGGAACCCUGGGGCUCGUGGCACAGUGCCUCUGAAAAGGGCUGGUAGAUUCCUCAUGGCACUCCCUGCUAAGGCCCAUCUCUCCCCAGAAGGAAGGGGCCACUUGACUUUAAACGGCUUCCCUACCACCAACCAUUAAUCUCCAGGGUUGCAUGGAGUCGGGGGCUGUUUCUAAACACUGCAGCAGGGGGCUGUGGGAGCUGGAAGAGCCAGUGUCGGGCCAGCAUGGACCUCUGCAGAGCUCUGCUUACAGCGUAGGAGAGUCCCUCGAAUCUCUCCCUUCUGCCCUUGCCCUCCUCUCUCUGCACCCCUAAUGGGCAGUCCUAGCUGCAUGCCUGCUGCCCUCCAGGCCUCGCUGCUGGAGCCCCUCAUCCCUAGUACAGGGAGCCCCUUAGCCUGACAGCCUCAGUCCCGGCUGGGGCAGCGCAAGCCCCUAGCCCAGGCCAAGUGCAGGGCUCUGCAUCUCUUUGAACAGCCGGCAUCUGCCAAACCUGUUUGGGUGGGGAACAGCCUGAGCCAAGGGCCCUUCCUCUACUGCCCAGCCCCAAGGGGCUCUAGGUCAUUUCCAUGAGAUGCACCCUGCUCCCAACUGCUAUGAGUGAGACACCAGCACCUCUCUGUCCUCUGUGUGAGCAGAGAUGCUAGCCUGGUGCCUUCCUGAGCUCCCAGCACCUGCCCUCUCCAAGCCCCUCUCUGGGGACCCAUUCACUCCCCUCCCAGCACUGCAUGAGGCUUUCACUCAGCGCUCUGAGCCCCGCCUGAGGAUGCGUCUGGCGUUUAGAAGGACAGUGCUCUUGAGACUCAGUCCCCUAGAAGCCCAGCCCUGGGGAACCAUCGCUUCCUGGGCUGUCCAGCACCCAGGGCUGCCCCCUUGUCAGGUCUCUCCCCUGAGCUCUUCAGCCUGCUCUGUGCAUGUGCUCACUUGUCCCUGUGUUGGAGAAUUUCUCCCCCCCACCCCCAACUCUCCCCUGGAUUGCUGCAGCUUUUCCCUCAUUUCCACAGGAGCCCCACUGCUUUGCCUUUUGCCUCAGUUCCCCUCCCCCAGAGCACCGCAUCACAUUGUGUGUGCUUGCUGCAGGCCGCUAGGAUCCUGGCUGCAGCUUGGGAAUAAAAAUUUCUAGCCAGGGGGCUCGGCCCAGCCUCUUCCCAACACCGUGUGGCCAGGGCCUGGGCUGCAGGCCCAUCCUGGCUUCUCGCUCGUGGCACUGAAACAUCCAACGUCUCUUAAGGGUGAAGGCUGCUCCUGGAGCUCUGAUCUCGCUGGGCCAAAGCCAGGUGGAGUAGAGCAAUGCAAGCCACGUUGCCCCUCGGCAUUGCUUUGCCACCCCCUCACACUCUCAGACUGACUGACAUUUUCAUUUUAAAGAAAAAAACUAAGCCCUCAGCUUGUCCCUGGCUUCCCCAAUAAAAGCUGAGGCUCCUCUCGUU